AGAGCUCGACCGAAACAUGGCGACAAUCCCGUCUUCCUUCCAUUUAAGUCCCCGCCACGUUCGUCCAUUUGAUCAUUUCCUGCCGCCUCUCCCUCCCCUUUCCUUCCUUGCUUACUUACCUCUCUCGAUCGACGAUCAAAAGUCAGAACCUCCUCGCCACGACGCCGCGCGCGCACAACCUCACACCCAGACCCAGAGCACGAUCAGACGUGAUCGAUCCAUGGAGAUCGCCACGGCGCCGUCCUCGCCUCCGCCGAUGCAGGAGUUCCGCUUCGACAGCGCACUCCUCGACGACGCCUACCACGCGGACUCGUCGCCCAGCAGGAACCCCUUCGCCUUCGCCCCCGCCGACGACGUCAACCCGUUCCUGGCCUCGGCGCUGACGGCGCCCCCCUCGCCCAACCCGUUCGGGCUCCUCCCGCCCGACGACACGGCCGGCGACCCCUUCGACCUCUUCCAGCACUUCGCCAGCGCUCCCGCCAGCCCGUCGCGCGCCGCCGCCAUAUACGCGCAGUUCUCCGGCGCCAACCACGACGACGACGGCGCCGAUCGCGAUGCGGGCCAUGACAACGACGAUGACGAUGGCUUCCAGCCGCGCGCGUCCUACUCCACGCGCACGGUACCCUCCGCCGUGCCGUUCGAGUGGGAGGAGAGGCCGGGGAAGCCGAAGCACGGGUACACCUCUAGCGCGGCCGCGACGACCAACGGGGACGCGGAAGAGGCGGACUUCGACUUCGGCGUCCUCCUCGACCGGAACGCGCAGAAAGCGCCGGAGCUGACGGCCGCCGAGGAGCUCUUCGACGAAGGCAAGAUCCGGCCCCUGAAGCCGCCGCCGCGUCUGCUCGAGAGCGGCAGCGUCGGAUCGUCGCCGCGGUCGGCGAGGUCCACGAUGUGGUCUCCACGGCUACGGGGCCUGGGCGGGCCCGGUCCCGACUCCGAUCCAUUCGCCACCGCCAUGGCGAAUGCGUCCAAGGCGCCGGCGCUAUCCCCUCUCGGCGCCGCCGCCAAAGAAUCCGUGCCCAUUCAUGCCGGAACAGACACCGUGCCCAUGAAUCCCGAAUCCGCCGCGUCGCCGCGUUCUGUCCCUCUGACCACUGCCGCGGGCAAUGGCGGCGGGAGGAAGAAAUGGCGGCUCGCCGACCUGCUCCUUUUCCGGAGGCUGUCGGCCAAAGGCCGCGCCACCGCCAGCGACAACGUCAGCAGGGAGCCGGUGUUCAAGUACUCGCCCGUGCAACACCUCGGCACGCCUGUCAAGAAGACGGAACCGGUGGCCGGCGGUGGCGACGUCUCGGCGGCGGUCGGGAAACAGAAGAAGCAGAGCAAGUACGCCGCUGCGUCGGGUGGAGGGGACGGCAAUGGGAUGGCGGCUGCGCGGCACAAGCAGAGCCUGAUGGGGUGCGUCCGGCUGAACCCCGGGCUGCACCGGCUGGCCAAAGGCCUGAACGUGUCCUCGACGUCGCACUUCGGCCGACGCAACGGCACCACCAGGACGGCGGCCAUGCACGGAUAGAUCACAACGCGUGCAUUGUCGCUGCCCUGGCAGAAGAACGGUGCACGUUCUUUUUUUUCCCCUUCGCCAGCAUUUGGCUACCUUUGUUCAAAUUAUCAUUCAAACACUGUACAACGCGAUCCAGAAGAGAUUUUGUAACAACAGU